AGCAUAGAAUAAAUAGUCAACAAUGCAGAAUAUAUAACAAUGACAUGAUAAGAAUAAGGGUUCCUAUUUUAUGAGUGUGUGUGUGAACAGCAUGUGUGUACCUAGCCAUGGUGUUUAAUGCACAUCAGGUGAUAUAUAAACUACAUGACCUGUGAGCAGCUGCAGGGGAAAGACUUCAGGACAGACGACUUUGUGCAUUGUGCUUUUUAUUUCAUCGUAAGUGAGAGAAAAGAGACAGGCUGCUGAGGGAACAACAGUUUAUAGCUGUUAUAAUUAAUGGCAGAUACCAGGACCUUCGCAGAUGUGAAGAAUAUAGUUCUUUCUGCCCACAAAAAUACAGGGCCCAAGGAGAAGAUUGAGUUCUUCAACACCUGGGCUGAGAGCUAUGAACAGGAUACCGCAAUAUUGGACUACCGUGCUCCUUUUUUAGCUGCAGAAUGCAUUGCUUCAUACUUCACCAGCGAGAAAGAGAGAGCCAUUAUUCUGGAUGUGGCAUGUGGGACAGGGCUGGUCUGUGGACAUCUGAGGAAAAUGGGGUUUCGUAACUUUGUGGGAGUGGAUGGAAGCGAGAAAAUGUUGAAUUUGGCCACAAAAACAGGCCUUUAUCAGGAGCUUAAGCAGUGCAUGCUGUGUGAGGAUCCCUUGCCUGUACAAGACGAGUCAUAUGAUAUUGUAGUAAUUGUGGGAGCUCUGAGUACUGGGAACGUGCCAGUGGCGAUCAUCAAGGAGCUCUGGCAAGUCACCAAGCCGGGUGGCUAUGUGUGCAUGACUACAAGAGGAAAUGCUGAUAAUCUCGAGUACAAAGCAGAGCUGGAACGUGUGAUUCAAGCGAUGGAGGAAGAAAAGAAAUGGAGUCGUCUAGCUGUCAGUGUAGUGGACAAGUGGGAGAAGGCGGUGUCUGAACACGAGUGUGGAUACAUACCUGGAGUCGUUUAUCUCUAUCAGAAAGCUUAUUAAAUACAGAUGUGAUUGUGCUAGAAUAGUGCUAGGAGCUGGGAGAAAAGACACGUUUUACAUAUGAAUGGCCUUUAAAUAGUAGCAGUAGACUAACUGUGACUUUAUGUGUAAUAUUUAGGCAGGUGAAUAGGACAAAAACAAUGACUAAUAAAAACAUUUAAAGAGAGA